UAUACACAUGUAUAUAACGAUGUAUGAUAAUAGCUAAAGCUAAUUCUGAAUGAAAUAUAAAUUCUGCAAGACAAUUACCUAUAUAAGUAAUACCAUUACUGGUUGUUAAAUCGCGGUCGCACAUUUACAUUGCAAGUUACAAAAAUAAUCAUUUUUAUGAUUUAAAACUAACAGUAAAUAUUAACUCAGGUUACGCACAAUAUUUAUGUUACACAAAAAUACGUAUUUCUUAAGGGUGGGCAGCACUAACCGAAUGUUCGAAUUUAUUUUUUUAAUUACGUUUGGAAUAAUUACGUCACUCGAAUGAUGAAAACCUUCCGAAAAAGUUUAUCUUAAACAUUUUUCGGAAGCUAUAAAAUUUUUGUAAUAACAAUUGAUUAAUAAAUUCAAAGAAAAGUAAAAUUUAAAAAUUCGUCCAGUACGGCCCAGCCUUAUCAUUGUGGUCACGGUGUUUACAUGUUAGCAAAAGUUUAAUCCAGACUAUGAAGUAUUAUACAGAUCAACAAGAUAUGUUAAUUUCAACUUGUUUGUAUGUACGACUUAGUACGUGGUGGGGUGAAUUAGACAUCGCUGGGAAUCACUUUUGAAAAUUGUCCGAUGUGAGAUAAUUAGCUUCUGCCGAAACGACGACAUUGAAGCCUACGUUCUCAGAAUACCUUUUCGGAAGAAUAGACGUAUUCGCUGUGAGGGAAGGCAUAGUAGGGGAAUUUAAAUCGACUGAAGCGUUCGCAGUGGUCACUUUGAACAUUACGGGAGGCUACUAUAACCGAAAUUGUAAACAAAAAAACGUAAAAAUUUUUUUUUUCGUUUUAAUUUAAAUAAAUUAAAUAAAAAUGAGACACCAAAGUUAUUGUGUAGUGAAUUGUAAAAAUACGAGCAGAAAAAGUGAGUGCAAAUUUUAUGAAUUUCCUACUGCUAAAUGGAAAAUAAAUCAAUGGAAUCAGUGGAUAGCUGCGGUUAAAAGGCUAAACGUUGAUGGAUCACCGUGGGUUCCCAAGCCAUAUGAUUGUAUUUGUAGUGACCAUUUUAUUGGGGGUAAAAAAUCAGAAGAGGAGUUGAGUCCUAACUACAUUCCAACAAUAUUUCCUUCAAUUUACAAGUCUCCAAAAGUUGAUGAAUCUUCGGUCAUAAACAGAUACAAGCGUUUAAUAAACCGGCGAGUAAAAAAAUCACCUCCAAAAUCCAGUUCUGAACUCACUGUAUUAGAACCGAUGGAAGUGAUAAAUGAAUAUAAUAAUCCUCCGAUUGUGUCUUUAAAAGUUGACCAAGAGUGUCAAGUUGAUUUUUAUUCAAACUCUGAUGUCAAUUCUCAAACGUUUAUUUGCAAUCGUUAUGUCACAAAUGAUUUGUGUCAUGCUGAAACUCAGACAGAAAUUCAAAUGGUUGAAGAUACUAGGCCGAUAAAAAUUCAUGCUAGUAAUAAAAAAUUUGUUAAUAAAAAAUGUGGUACUGAUCAAAAAACGUUUGCUGAUAAGGAAAGUCAAGCGGAUAAUAAAAUCUUCAGAGGAUUUGCAUCGGUGACAAAAGAUCAAGAAAUCAUUGAUCUGGCCGGUGUAUCAUUCCCAAAUUUUGAUUUCUUAUUGAGUAGACUAUGUACACCUACGCCACGAAAAUACAUUGUGUCAAAAACAGACAGACUAUUAAUUUUUUUAAUGAAAAUUAAAACUGAAUUAACAUUUUCGGCACUCGGUGUAUUAUUUAGUGUUCACAGAACAACAAUUUCAACAAUUUUUUAUGAAAUCCUACAACAUCUUGCUAGUGCGACAAGAAAUUUAGUAUUUUGGCCAGAUAUCGACGCAGUACAAGAAACAAUGCCUGAUUGUUUUCUAUCUGAUUAUAAUAACACCAGAGUCAUUAUUGAUUGCACUGAAUUUCGAAUAGAUAUUCCUACAAGUGUCGAUAACCGUGUUCUUACUUACUCACAAUACAAAAAGAAUUUCACAGCCAAAGUUCUUAUUGGUAUAACUCAUGGAGGUUUUAUAUCCUUGAGAUCUGAUGUAGCUGGAGGACGGAAAUCAGAUUCUCAGCUUACAAUAGAGUCAGGGUUGUUGGAUUUAUUGGAGGAUGGUGACAUAGUUUUGGCUGAUUAAGGUUUUCCAGAAAUCAAAACAGUGAUUGACGCAAGUAGCAAGAAAGUACAAAUGGUCAUGCCGCCUUUUCUAGAGAAAAAAAAUGAAUUUUCAAGUAUAGAAACUCAACAGGCAUACAAUGUUGCAAGGGUCAGGAUUCACGUUGAAAGAAUUAUGCAGCGGUUAAGGACUUAUCAAAUAUUGCAUAAAAUUCCACAACAUUUGUUCCAUUGCAUUGAUGAUAUUUUGAACAUUUGUUGUGUUUUGGUUAAUUUACAGCCUCCAAUUAUUUCUGAUAAAAAAGAUCCUGAAAAUGGGGGAUAAAAAUAUUUUAUUACUCAUAACAGUUGGUCAGUGAGUACUUGUAGAAAUACAAAUUUAUAUUUGUAAGAAAUUGUACAUUCAUUUUCAGCUAUUAAUUAGAUUAAUAAUUAAGAUUUUUGUAAAACAUGUAACAAAU